CCUUUGCGUCUCCUAAGGCCAUGUCUACAGGCCCAUUCCAAGGUCUUUACCUUCUUAGGACGGGCCUUGGCCCUUUGGCGGACUACUGCUUCUACCAGAGUCAGGACAUCCACAAAAACACAUUAGCCAGGCUGAGCGUCUACCCGGAUACCUACUAUGAUGGCAGCAACGCUGAGGCCCUGGCAAGAAACUGCAGUAGUACCCCUGGCUGCUUGGGGUUCAAUACGCUGCAGUACUUGAAGACCACCGCGGACAUGUCGCUUCUAAGGCCGCUGCCCUCCGUCUUUAAGGCUGGGGGACAGGGUGUCUACCUCAAGGCGAUGCUGCCUGCACCCCCUCCAAGCCCUGUACCUCCUAGUCCGCCGAGCCCGCUGUCGCCCAGCCCCUCGCCUCCUAGAACACCUACUGCUCCUCCUCUUAGCCCCAAUCCGCCUAGUCCCAAGCCCCCUGCACCCCCAAAGCCGC